CAAAAGUGAAUGGUUUCAGCUCCCAUAUGGGAGUCCCGGCAGCGGAACGGCUUUUUUUGUCAAAUUUUUGAGUGUGUGUACGAAAACCAUUGUAUGGCGUGACAAAGGAAGAUAUUUUCCAUUCCUCUCCUUUUAUUUUCCCAAACAACAGACGCUUAUCUGAGGUGAGAAAUUGAGAUUGGGAAAUGGAUCAUCGUCUAUCCGGAAUUGGAUGUUGUACUACUUCAACGACUUGUACCAAUUUUCCAUUCACUUCAAAUCACUCAACCCUUCCCCCAAGAAGAAGAAUUUCUCCCAUGCGUCGUAGUUCUUCGUCCCUUCCCGUGAAAACUCCAACAAUUGUCUCCGUCUUAAGAAGUCCUCGUCCAGUAAGUGAACUAGCAGAAGAUGAUGUUCUGCAAACAUUUUUCGAGGAGAGAGAGCAGAAUGGCGAUAUCAUAGCAAAAGUUUCUGAUAUACUUUGGUUGCGUGAUGCCAUUAAAUUUGUUGAUGCAGAGACUGACAUAGUGGCUGACACUACUCAACUACCAGAGGAGGCCUUGGGUGAAGAAAUUGAGGGUGGGUUUUUGAAGCUGACAAGAACCCUAGAAUGGGUAGCAGGUGAUAACUCUGCACCAGUCAAUAAGAAGAUGACUGCUAAGGAAUUGAAGAAUGAAAGUGAGAAAAGGAAGAGACUGAACCUUCUCAGAUAUGAAGCUCUUAAGAGGGAACUGCUGCUUUUAACUGUGGGCAUCGGAACUGCAUGUAGUGGAUACUGUUUGGUGGUUUUGUCAUUCCAGGCUGCUAUCAGUUACGCGGCAGGAGUUCUUUGCAGUUGCUUGUAUCUUCAGCUCUUAUUCAGACAUGCAGACAAUAUUUCCCAGGAAAUGGUUCCGCGGAUUUUCAUGCAAAAGAAGUCAAAAAAAAUUGGUAUAAGAAGUGAGGACCUGAGGGAUUUCUUUGAGAGAGUGGUUAAGGGCAGUGGUAUUGCUCUGUCAUCCCCAAGGAUUUUGUUCCCUGCUGUGAUAUAUGGAAUUUGGGGGUUGUCUCUCACCAACGAUUCGUUUGAUUUUCAGCUUGUGCCAGCUAUGGUUGGGUUGUUUGCAUAUAAAGCUGCUGCUCUAGUUCAAGUUUACAGGGACAACGAAGAUUUGCAGUUAGUUUUCCCAGGCAGUGAAGAAGGGGGCGAUUGAAGCGCAUUGUUAGAUAAGACGUCUUCCCUUUUUUGUGCCCCUUCAAAGCAAGAGCUGGAUGCAUCCACAAAUCUGCAGUUUGCAGGAAUGGAGGAGAGAACAAAACUAAGAUAAAAGUCAAAUUUUGAAGGCAUUGGAUAAGGAGAUCAAAUUCAAGGCCAUAAUUUAUUGCUCCGACGAUCUUUUUUUAAAGCGCAAUCAAGUCUAUCUUCCUUGAUCACACUGACAUUGCCCCGUGUAUAAUAUAGAUGAAUAAAAGCCCUUCACUAUCUACCGAGGAUUUUUUUUUUUUUUUU